UCUCAAGUUACCCUGCCCAUCAUCAUGACUAAAGUACCGUGGUUCGUAUCGGAGCCUCAUCGGGUGCUAUUCCUCGUGCCCGCCAAGGCUCUAUGGCAGCCUAGGGCUGAGCGGCCAGUCCGUCGUAAGGACGAUGGCACGCGAAGGACGAGGGGCAAGCAAGUGCUGCUGCUGCUGCGCGAUGCGAAAGGCGGGAUGGAUGGAUGGAUGGAUGGGGCACCGUCUUUGGCCCGCAGUCGUCCCGUUUUCUCAAACCCACUCCCACGAUGAGGCAGGUUGACUAUCCAGUCCGUCCACCACCCCGCCGCCAGGCUGUGCCGUGCGGGUUCUCUACCUUCUAGCGGAUUUCUCAUUAGACUCUAUUCUAGGUACGGAGAUGGGUCGACCCAUACGUGAACUCUUGGCUUGGGCCCAUCUUCAACUCUGACCGUCAACUGUUCCAUGUUUCCCUGUUCAGACCUAUCUCCGUUGCGUCCCAAGUUUGGAUCUUAUAAGUCGUCUUUUCCCCCUCCCCUUCUGCCCAACCUCUCGACUCUGCUUCAUCCUGUAUUCAGCUUCCCCAGCCAAGAUUAAUCAAGCAUCUUGUAGCUUAAUAUCUACUCACGUCCGAGUCCCCCAGUCUCACUGACAUCUCAUCCUUCCCUGUCACUCAACCUCCCCCUACCCAUCAACCAACCGAUACCAUGCAUUUCUCAACUGUUGUUGGCGCCGCUGCACUGGCUACCCUCGCCAACGCAAGCCCUCUCGUCCGCCGUCAAGGUCCCGCCGUCGGCCAGGUUAUCUCAAAGUGCACACAGAACGGCGUCGUCGCCCUCACCUUUGACGAUGGUCCCUUCACCUACACCUCCCAGCUGCUCGACACCCUCGCCGCAAACAACGUCAAGGCCACCUUCUUCGUCAACGGCAACAACUGGGGCAACAUCGAGACGGCACCCGGCCCGGACAACAUCCGCCGCAUGAAGGCCGAGGGUCACCUCAUCGGCUCUCACACCUACUCCCACCCGGACCUGAGCACCCUCUCCUCGGCGGACCGCAUCUCUCAGAUGACCCAGCUCGAGGACGCAACCCGCCGUAUCGCCGGCUUCGCGCCCAAGUACAUGCGCGCGCCAUUCCUCUCCUGCGACGCCGCUUGCCUGAGCGAUAUGGCCAGCCUGGGCUACCACGUCAUCGACACCAGCCUCGACACGAAGGAUUACGAGAACGACACCCCCGAGACCACGCACAUCUCGGCUGAGAAGUUCAACAACGAGCUCAGCGCCGACGCCGCGAGCAACAGCUACAUUGUCCUCUCCCACGAUGUCCACCAGCAGACUGUCGUUUCUCUGGUGCAGAAGAUGAUCGACAACCUCAAGUCCAAGGGCUACCGCGCCGUCACCGUCGGAGAGUGCCUUGGCGACGCUCCCGAGAACUGGUACAAGGCCUAG